AUGUCUUCCUCAGUUAGAAGAAAUCCUCCUCGACACCUCCAAUCCCUUCUCCGAGCAAAAUCUCACGCACUCAAUUUCAUACCUGCUACCUCAGGUCCUACGCCUUUUGAUGGGCCAUUCCAGAUUGACGAGGCCGGUUUUCUUCAAUCUCCUCAUAGAGCCGGCGGGCCUGUCCUUUGCUCCCUUCCCGCGGAAAAUGUGCCGGUGGUUUCACGACUUGUCAACGUAACCAAUUUUCCGGCUAAUCGGCGUGGCAUAAGCGACAUUGUCGUGACAAUUCUCCAAAGCAAACACGUCAAUUUUGAUUCUGUCGCAGUAGAGGGUCGACGCUCUCUUCUGAAUCCGGAACCAGAAGCUAUCCGGACAUGCGUCAUCAGGACAACAAAGCUUCCCAUGAAUGCCGCGGCCUUGGCGAAGGAAAUUUACGCCGACUUGAGACGCAGUCACUACAAUGUGAAUGUCGAGAUCAUUGACAUCAUCGCUCGGCUACCAAUCCGAAGCUUCCCGGUACUAUCGUCUGAUAAGAUCCGGGAAGAUUGGGAACGUAUUGCGUGUGAGAUCAUUGAGAUUCUACACAGUAAUGAGUGGAUCGGCAUUGGAUGUUCAAGAUAUGGCGUGGAAGAGACAGCGGAGGAAAACUCGGUCACGGUGGUGAUACGCAUUCAAAAGGAUUCAACACAGGACUGGACCAGUGCUGCAAGGAGUAUCAGCAGCCUUCUGACGUCCUGUAAUAUUCGCGACACCAAUACUCUUUUCGAGAAAAAUGAGCGUUUCUUGGGUGCGGGCUCGCCCAUCUUGCCAUCCCAGGUCAUCCCCCGUACAGUUCGCCCAGGCGUCAGCAUCGGAAUUCACGGGAGUACGGCCGGUAGCUCGACGUUAGGGGGCCUAGUCGAUCUUCGUUGGCCUGGAAAAGACUGGGAAACGUUUGGUAUCACUGCGUUCCACGGUGUUUGGCCGCCACCGGCACACCGUGAAGGUCUUCGUCGUCGUUCUGGGGCUGAUGCAGACUUACAAUACUGGAAAACAAACCCCGUACGUCCAGAGGAUGCAACCAGAGUCAGCGGACUGUUAGAGAUCGAUCACCCUUCUCUGGGAGAUCUCAAAGGGGAAAUUCUCCAUAAAACGGAACAUAUCCAAGCCAUCGAGUUCCACGACAGGGUUUCCCGUAUCCAGCAGAAGAUGAUGAGAUGCGAGCUAGAUCCAGAUAGCGAUGUCGUGACGCCAGGCGAACAAGCUUGGUACAGCCGCCAAAUGGAGAUCAUUUCAGCCCUGGCAGAGCAGCGUGACAAAACGCAUACGUUCAUCCGCGACAAGUCAUACUACCUAGGUCCCGUGUUUGCCGGCAGUGGACUCUGGCGGACCAUUGCUCGAAGACAUGACCAGGGUAUUGCUGAUUGGGCUCUCAUUGGAAUCCCCAGAGAAAGACGUGGUGCAAAUGAACCUCAUCGUGAUAGCAACAUGAUAGUGAGCCCGAAGUUUCAGUUUACCGCACAGCCACAAGAUUCCCAGAAGUAUGCAAAGGUCGGUCGCUCGUCUGGAUUCACCGUGGGGAAGUACAACGGUCUUCGAGAUGUUCAACUCCACAUAGUCCUUGAUGACCAGGGGAAGGAGAUUGGAAAGAUCACGAGGGAGCAUGUAAUAUGCUCUGGUGAGAAAUUCGUGUUCGCAGAGCCCGGAGACUCGGGGUCUCUGGUCUACGAUCCCUUCACAGAGGAUGUUGUUGGUCUUUUUUGGGGAGCAUACAGGGCCGGGACUGAAGCUUUCUUCACCCCCAUAGAGGAAGUGUUCGAAGAUAUCAAGAAUGUGACGGGGGCGUGUGAGGUGCGACUAACACCAGUGGCCAGCUAG